AUGGCGAUGGCAUCGCGCGCCGUCCUCCUCUCCCGUCUAUCGCCGCUCCCCGCUGCGACCUCUCGCUUCCUCCUCCGCCCUCUCGCCGCCGCCGCCAGCCUCCUCCCGGCGGCGACCUCGCCCGUCCAGGCGGCGGCGCGCGGGGCGGUGCGGUGCUUCGCCACACAGCCGGCGACGUCGUCGCUGCGGGACUCCUCGCCCAACUGGAGCAACCGGCCGCCCAAGGAGACUAUCCUCCUCGAUGGUUGCGACUUCGAACACUGGCUGGUAGUCAUUGAGCCGCCCGCGGGCGACGCUGCUAAUCCUGAUAUCACACGCGACGAGAUCAUCGAUAGCUACAUCAAGACCCUCGCCCAGGUCGUCGGAAGUGAGCAAGAAGCUAGGCAGAAGAUAUACUCGGUGUCAACGCGUCAUUAUUUUGCUUUUGGUGCCCUUGUAUCUGAAGAACUCUCAUAUAAACUUAAAGAGCUGCCCAAAGUCCGCUGGGUUCUCCCUGAUUCAUACCUUGAUGUCAGAAAUAAGGACUAUGGAGGGGAACCUUUUAUAGGUGGGGAAGCUGUUCCUUAUGAUCCUAAAUAUCACGAGGAAUGGGUGAGGAACAAUGCCCGUGCCAAUGAAAGAUCUCGGCGCAGCGAUAGGCCCCGCAACUUUGAUAGGUCAAGGAACUUUGAGAGGAGAACGGAGAACAUGCAGAACUUCCAAAACAGAGAUGCACCUCCUGGGCAGCAGGGUUUCAACGGCCCUCCACCUAGCCAGAACCCGGGCAGCAUGCCUCCACCUCCACCACCUAGUCAGAACCGUGGCAACGUGCCUCCACCAUAUACUCCAGGUGGUCCAUCAAAUUACCAGCCCCAAAUGCAGAACCCACAGGCAGCAUACACACCGGGUGGUGCACCCCAAAUGCCGAACCCACAGACAGGGUACGCACCGGGCGGUGCACCCCAAAUGCCAAACCCACAGACAGGGUACGCACCGGGCAGGCCCCCCCACAUGCCGAACCAACAGGCGGGCUAUGUCCCCAGUGGUGCUUCUAACUAUCAGCAAGGUGGUCAAGCUGGCUACCAAGGUGGACCUGCUGGGCAUCAGGGAGGUAACCAAGUUUACCCAAGAGGCAACUUGCCUGGCGGCCCUGGACCAGCACACCCAGGCAGCAGUCCUGGAUAUCAAGGUGCCAAUGCACCCCUCGUGAAGGUUAUGGCUAUCCUGGCGGCUACAACAGCAGUGCACCAGGUGGCUAUAAUCAGCAGUAAGGCUAAGGAUGAGGCAACGUGA